ACUUCCUCCCUUUAUUAAGGUCCCUCCACUUUCUCUUCUCCUCUCGCCUCUGCAUUCAAGUUAUCUGCCUUCACGACAUUCUCAUUUUAAUCAUAAGCAACUUAAGAUGUCCAGAGCAACAGUCGAGCUCGAUUUCUUUGGCAUGGAGAAACAGAUCUCCGCUGAGCCUCGCUUCCCUAAGUUCCUUAAUCGCCAGAGGAGCUUUCGAGAUAUCCAGAGCGCCAUUUCAAAAAUCAAUCCUCAGGUUCUCAAGUCUGUCAUUGCCUCUGGUUCUGCAAAUCUCCAGAAUCCUGAAAAUGGCUAUCAGUGCGAUUCAAAAAAGUUAUUUUCGGUGCCUUCCACUCCUAAAGAAGAACAGACUCCAUUUCCCCAUUUACCGGUCUAUUCUCCUCUUCAGAGGCCUGCUGUGGAGAAUCCUACUGAAACUGCUCCUUUGACGAUUUUCUACAAUGGAACCGUGGCGGUUUUCGAUGUUCCUCGAGAUACGGCGGAGUCUAUUUUGAAACUUGUCGAAAAUGGUUUCUCCAAAUCUGUCGAAUCAACCAAUCAACAAGAAGUGCUGAAGAAUACUCUUGAUGGAGGUGAGCAGAUCUGCCGAUUGCUAGGAGAAAGUCGUUGCAGAGAUUUCUGGAGAAACGCAAGGAAAGGUUGACUUCCCUAUCACCUUAUGCUUGCCCACCUGAUUGUCGUUUAUAAAGCAGAAUUGAGAAGACCAUGAAGGAGUUGUUUCAGGAUAGGAGACUUUAAGAAUUCUGUUUACUCCUUAAUGGCUCUGAGUUGGGUGGUUGGUGUUGCUUUUCUUGUGAGCUUCCUCUUUUGACGCAUAGCUAAAGAAAAAACAAUAUAUAAAGAUAAUGGAAUUCGGCUUAGUAGGGCCCAUUGAAGUGGUUGAUUAGUCACGUUUUAGUAAUGUGUUUUGGGAAUUAGGCUAAUCUAAAGUUGUUGGUUUCUCUGCUUUGCUGUAGUUUCCUAUGGUCAUCAUUAUCUCUAAUUGAUGCCAUUAUUUUAUCUGCAGCAUCUAACCUAUUCUUCUAAACUUGUUUUAUAUAAUUUUAUUAUUUUUUACUCGGUUGUUUAAUUAUUUCUGUAUUUGCUCAAUUCCUCCAAA